AUGUCGCUCAUUCAUGUUAGCCUUAUACUGGUGCUUACCGUGUUGGUCUGGCGCAAUGGGUACCUGACCAAAACACUCAACACAAUCAUAUCAGCACCUAUCAACGCCUUUCUAUGCUGGAAAAACCCGGUCAAAUCGCUGAACAAAUCCAAAAAUAUACCGACUUGCCCAUUCCAGCUUCCAAAUGGCCAAGGGAACGUCAAAUUUGCGGAGGGCCGAGCUUACUCUCGCAAAUGGGCGAGUAGCUUCGGCCAGAUAUAUCGUAUCUGGGCUGGUACUACCCCUGAAGUGGUCCUUACCCGUCAAGAGCAUAUGCCCAUAGUAUUCAAAGACUCCCACCUACAUGCCAAGUCCUUCAAUUUUGACGCUGGCUGGCUCUUUGGUGAACUUGUAGGCAAAGCUGUGGGCCUUCUCAGCGGGCAAGAUUGGAACCGGGUGCGAGACGUCUUUGCGCCGAGUUUCCAUCGAACUAAAGUUGACGAAUUUCUACCUGUCAUGCAACGACGUGUCAAACAAUGCCUUGAUGAGCUGCACGCAUCACCGAAAGUUCACGCGGAUGGGGCUUUGACAAUCAGUCCGGCUGAUGAUCUACGACUGUUGUCAUUCUGGGUUCUCUGUGACAUCCUGUACGGAGACAUGACGCCAGACAUGGAGGCCAGCAUGCUCGAGAUCGUCGGUGAGAGGGAGCGGGUCUGGGCAAACGUUACGGCCGGGGGGCUCUCCCGCCUUUCCAUCGGACGAUACUUGCCAACUGCUUCGAAACGAACACUCAAGCUCUUCCGCUCGCACUGGUACCAAUUUAAUCGACAGGCUUGCAAUCGUGCUCGCCAUGAACUAAAUGGAACACCGCCGGUCUGCGCUUAUUAUGAAGCGGUGGACCGCGAGGAACUCACGGAGAGAGAAAUGCUCGAUACCAUGGAUGAAAUCCUGUUCGCCAACCUCGAUGUAACGGUUGGCAGUCUCUCUUGGGUGCUGAUCUUCAUGGCCACGCAUUCUAAGAUUCAAGAUCAGCUACGGGAAGAGAUCGGCAGUAACUCCUCUAGGGAGUCUCCCGCAAUUUGGGAUCAGUACAUCUCGGGCUCAUCUACGCUCUUGAUGGCGUGUAUUCUCGAAUCCGCUCGUCUACGUCCAAUUGCCUCAUUCUCUGGCGCGCAAAGUCCACCGACGGAUCGCGAAGUGGGCUCGUACGUUAUACCUGGAGGCAUGAAUGUUACAGUGGAUAUUCACGGCUUGAACACCGACGAUCCCUCUUGGGGAGAUGACCGCGAUCAAUUCAAUCCACGUCGGUUCCUUGAUGCCAAAAAUCACUCCGUAUUCCGGUACCGGCUGUGGCGAUUUGGGUUUGGUCCGCGACAAUGCCUUGGAAAAUACCUCGCUGACCUGUUUUUGAAGACCCUCUUGGCCCAUAUUGUUGAGAAUUACCGCAUCGAGAUGAAAGAUGCCUCGCCUGUAUCUUUAGAUGAUCUGAAGGGGAACUCAGCCGGGUGGAUCAAUCUCGCUGCGGAGGAUGUCGUCUGGGUGCCAAUUAAUUAA